AUGCGCACCACCGCCGCCCUCGUCUUGAUUGGCAGCCUCGCGAGCACCGCCUUCGGCGCCGCCACCAAGAUGUUCGACGACGACAACUGUUCCAACCAGGUCAAUUCGGUCGUCUUCAACGGCUUCAGCGACGGUGAUGCCCCCAUUCCCGCCAAUGUCAAGACCAUCAAGACCGACUCCAUCUCCGACGUCUGGUUCGCCUAUCAGAGAAACGAUGGAAGCGGCUGCAAGGGCGACCUCAUCAGGCAGGUUACCAAUGGCCAGUGCAUCAAGGUGGCUGAUCUCGGAAUUGGCUGCACGCGUCUCUGCUCCACAGGCAUCAACGCGAACUUCUGCUCGGUUAAAACCAUCCCCUGA